CGUAAAUGUUCAUGGAGUUGAAUUUAGUUUCUUUUUAGAAUCAGAAGAAUAAUUAUGCUUUGUUGAUAUCUUAGCACCAAAUACUUUAUUAAUAGCAAAAAUAAGAUCAUAAUCAGACUAAUAUAAUUUUUACAUGACUCUUUAAUAUGAAAAUGAACAAAUCGAAAGAAUUUAUGAAAGCGAAGGAAAAAUAUAGCUUAUAUAUGAUUAUACAACCAUGUAAGGGGGGAAGUAUUAAUUUUGCUUUGUAGAUAAACUUGGAUUAUAUAAUGAAAUUUAUUUUGAAUAUUUAAUUGGAAUUGAAGCUAAUGACAUGCAUGAAAUAGCUUAAAAAUCAGAUUUAGCUCUUAUAUAAGAAACACUCAAUAAUAUUUAAGCUAAAUUAUAGUUUAUGAAAUAAUAAUUGAUUAUUUUUUCUUAGGUUAAAUUAGAGAACAUUUUUAACUUAGAGAGCUUAUAUUACUAUAUAGUGAAAUCUGAUUUUAUUGGUUUUGGUAUAAUUUUCAUAUUGAUUAUUAUGGAAGUAUAUAUUUUGAAAAGGAAGAUAUUAAGGAAAAAAAUAUAAUGA